AUGGUCUAUAAUCCUCUACUUGAUGCUAAUGGUAGCAUACCAUGUGAAAAUCCUGAUGAGGCUGCUAAGAGCAAGCCAUUUGAAAAUCCAGAGAGGUAUAGGAGACUGAUUGGGAAGUUGAAUUACCUUACAAUGACCCGUCCUGAUAUCACCUAUCCAAUAAGUGUCCUUAGCCAAUUUAUGGUUGCGCCAACUGUCCGACAGUGGGAAGCCUUAGAGCAUGUGUUACACUACUUGAAGGGAUCCCCGGGUCGUGGGAUAUUGUACAAGAAUCACGGUCACACAGACAUUGAGUGUUUUUGUGAUGCUGAUCAUAGUGGGUCAAAAGCCACGAGACGAUCUACUACAGGAUACUGUGUUUUUGUAGGAGGCAAUUUGGUGUCCUGGAAAAGCAAGAAACAGAAAGAAACAGAAUGUGGUGUCACGAUCGAGUGCAGAAGCGGAAUACAGAGCAAUGGCGCAAUCUGUAUGUGA